AUGAUAGGCCAUAAACCUACAGAUUGGAGCAAGUGGCUCGCUCAAGCAGAAUUUAACUCGAACUUCCACAGCUCCUUGGGAAUGUCUCCUUUUAAGGCUCUCUACAGCUAUGAAUCUCCAAUGCCCACAUUUGAAUUGGUGGCUCAGAUCAAAGUUGAUUUUGUGGAUCACUUAUUGAGGGAGCGUCAACUUAUGGAUAAAAUGUUGAAGGAUAAUCUAAUUCGAGCACAAAAUCGAAUGAAACAUUUUGCCGAUAAUAGAAGAAGUGAGAGGAAAUUUGAAGUAGUGCACAAAAUCGGUUCAGUAGCUUACGAGCUCAAAUUGCCAGAGAGAUCAAAAAUUCACCCAGUCUUCCAUGUGUCUCAGCUCAAGAAGAAAAUAGGAGAUCAAAUAGUGGCUUCAAGGGACCCUCCUUAUUACACAAAUGAUGGAAGAAUUCUGACUGAGCCAAUAUCCAUUUUAGAACGAAGAAUGAUCAAGAAAGGAAAUCGGGCAGCGGUACAAUGGUUAGUUCAGUGGGCAAACUUGCCGCCAGAGGAAGCUACAUGGGAGGAUCUUGCAUUUCUCCGUUCUCAAUUUCCGGGAUUUAAUCCAUGA